AUGAUCGAUCCCAAGGGGACCCCCUGGUGGAAGGUCCUCCUCGCCGGCGCAGCCGUCGUUGGCACGUCCGUUGCGACGGGAGCCGUGAUGAUGGUGGCGAUCGCGGGCAAGCCGGCGUUCCUCGAGGCGUACCUGCCGGCCGAGGAGAAGGCGGCCUCGCAGGCCGAGCUUUGCGAGAGGCGCUCCGAGGACGUCCGCAGUGGUUGGAUGGAGGAGCAUGGGAAGACUUGCGCGGACAUGGCCAAAAAUACCAAAUGGGCCAAGACGUGUGUGCAGAAAGAGGGAACAUUCUUCAAGCAGCUGUACUGCGCGCAAAGUUGCCUGGACGUGCACCGCAAGAAUUACUCGGAUAUCUUAAAGGACUUGUGCGAUCUUACGGGUGAAGAGGAUGGCGGCGGCAUGACUGUCGAUGGCGAGGGCGAGACGCUUUCUGCGAACAACGCACGGAUCGGGAUCCGUGUGCGAUGUACAAAAACCGACUACGACUACGACGACGGCACUGGCUCCCACACCGGGCUCGGCACGGUCCACUCCUACAGCAUCGGCGGAGUCACUGUUGAAGUUGGUUCUCCCUGUGCGCCCGAGCUUGUGCCGUGGCUGCCGCCGGGCCUCCGCAGCAGCCUUGGCUCGUCGCAAGAGGCGCUCGCGACGAUGCGGUGGAUGAUGGUGCAGCUCAAGCUCGGUCAGGACAUGCUGCUGCUGGGCGAGCCGGGUGGCGGGCUGCGCUCGCUCGCUCUCUGGGUGUGCGCCACUCUGCGGCGGGAGGUAGAGUACGUCGGCGUCACCCGCGACACCUGCGAGGCGGACUUGAAGCAGCGGCGCGAGCUGCGCGGCGGCUCGAUGCUGUACGCGGACGCGCCGCCGCUGCGCGCCGCCUGCCACGGCCGCGUCCUCCUCCUCGAGGGCAUCGAGAAGGCGGAGCGCAACGUGCUGCCUCUGCUCAACAACCUACUCGAGAACCGGGAGAUGGCGCUCGACGACGGCGGCUUCCUCGCGGCGCCAGCGAUGUCCAGCGAGGAGGAGGAGGGUGGCGCGCGGGGACGCGGCCUGCGCUUCGCCAAGCGCGGCUUCGUCGUCAUCGGCAUCGGUUUACCUCAGCCGACCUACGCCGGAACUCCGCUCGACCCGCCUCUGCGCUCCCGGUUCGCGACGCGACGGGUGCGGUUCGUGGCGGGCUCGGAGCUGCUCAGCCGCGUCGUCGCGGCCGCGCCGCGGCUCAGCCCCGCACGCGCGAGGCAGGUCUGCGCCGCCGCCGACGCGUUGCGCCUGCGCUCGGCGGCGGCGAGCGGCGCGCCCUACGAGGCGGCAGGCGGCAGGCGGCUGGCAUACUUCCCCGAGGGCGGCGCAGAGCGCGCCGCCGCCUUGCUCGAGGCGUUCGACGGGGCGGACGCCGCCGCCGCGGUCGAGAGCUUGCUGCCGCCGCCGUGCACGCCGCUGCGCUACGCCCUCUCGCGCAUCGAGCGGCGCGGGGAGGGGGCGAGCCGGUGCGAGUGCGUCUUUGCCGUCCUCGCGGAGGGCGCGAGCGUGCGGCUCGAGGCGGCUUGCGGCUGCAAGCCCCUCUGGAGCCCGGCCUUGUCCGCCUCGCAAAACGCAGGCGGAGGAGGAGGCGGCGGUGGAGGCGGCAGCGGAGGCGGCGGCGGCACGUCUCCCGACGAGAUCGUGGCGAUGAGCGGCGGGCAGCUCAAGGCGCUGCUCGCCGCGCGAGGCGUGGCGCACGCGCACGUGCUCGAGAAGGCGGAGUUGCGCCAGCUCGCGAUCGAGGCGACGCGCGGAGGCGGAGGCGGAGGUGGAGGUGGAGGCGGAGGCGGCGGCGGCGGCGGCGGCGGCGUACCACAGCAGGAGGGCGACUGCGCGUGGCACGGCGCGGGCCCGCCGCUGGUUGCGUCGCAGGCGGCCGCGCUGGACAGCAUCUGCGCCGAGCGCGCGCGCUUGGGCGACGCGGCGGACACGCAUGCGCUCGGGCACGACGUCUGCUUGCUCGCGCCGAAGGGCGUCGGCAAGACGUCCCUCGCCCGCCGCUUCGCGCAGCUGUUUGGGUACGGGGAGGCGUAUUCUGUCUUUUGCCACGCCGACUUGCCCGCACACGAGCUGCUGCAGCGGCGCGCAACCACGCCCGACGGGGCGACAGAGUGGCGUGACUCGCCGCUGCUGCUCGCUGCGCGGCGGGGGGGCGUCGCCCUCCUCGACGGCAUCCACCGCCUCCCGCGCGGCACGUUCGCCGGAGCCGUUCGCACGCUUAGCAUGCGGAACACACAUGUCCGCCAUCGCACGCCCCAGGUCGGACCGCUUUGCGUCGAGCGGAGCCUCCUCUCGCUGCCGGACGGCUCGCGGCUCGUCUCGGCAGCGCAGUGGGAGGCGCUCCUCGCGGCGGGCCUCACGGAGGGCGAGCUCGCAGCGAAGGGCGUCCAGCGCGUCCACCCCGCCUUCCGCAUCGUCGCGACCGCAGAGCCGCCCGCCGGCGAGGGCGAGGGCGAGGCCGCCGCCGCCGCCGCCGGCUGGCUGAGCGACGAGUUGCUUCCGCUCUUUGCUUGGGUGAGCUUGUCGCCGCCCGAGGAGGCGGAGCUGCUGCAGAUGCUGCAGAUGCACACCUGCCCGCCCAAGGCGCUGCCGCCGCUGCGCGCUCUCCUCCGCUACCGCGCCGCAGUGCUCUCCGCUUCGUCGGCCGAGCCGUCGCUUCGAGGGGCUCUGCUCUCGCAGCGGCAGCUGUUGCGCGCCGCGCAGUACCUUCGCCGACGGCCCGACGACGCGGCGGGCGCUCUCCGGCGGAGCACCGCGGCGGGGCUGCUCACGGCACCGCCCGCGGCGCGCGAGACGGCGGCGGCGCUGCUUGCACGUGCGGCGGCCGAGGCGGGUGUGAGGGCUGCCGACGUGCCUUCGACCUCUGGGCUGGACGGGGAGGCGAGGCCGCGCGGCGGCGAGGCGGGCGCGGGAGGCGCGCGGGUCGCGGCGGCGGAGAGGUCGCGGCGCGAGGCGCAGGCGCGCGAAGUCAAGGAGCUCGAGGGGCUCUCGAUCCAGAGGAGAAUGAUGGGCAACUUUGGGGGGAUGGGCGCGGCGCUGGACGCAAAGAUAGAGGACGGCGCCAAGCGGCUGGCGGCGCAGCGCAAGGAGACUGCCGACGCGAGGGUGCGCCAGGUGUGCGAGCGCGCAGCGGCGCUGGCGGUCGGUGACGGCCGCGGAGACGGACCCGCCGACGACGGACCCGCGAUCGUCGUGCGGGGCGGGCGCGUGAGCAUCGGCAGCGUAAGCGUGGCGCAGUACCCGGCGCCGGAGGAGCCGUCGCUGGUGCCUCGCCCCUCCUUUGUCGCCAUCGCGGGCCACGUGGCGCUGCUCGAGGAGAUGCUGCUCGAGUGGGAGGGCGGCGGCCAUCUGCUGCUGCUCGGGGACCAGGGUGUCGGCAAGAACAAGCUCGCCGACCGGCUGCUGCAGCUACUCGGCGCAGAGCGGGAAUACGUCCAACUGCACCGAGACACGACCGUCGCUUCUCUCACGCUCGCGCCGAGCCUCGAGGGCGGCGUUCUCGCCUUCCGCGACUCGCCGCUCGUGCGCGCGGCGCGGCGCGGGCGCGUGCUCGUCGUCGACGAGGCGGACAAGGCGCCGCUCGAGGUGGUUUGCGUGCUCAAGGCGCUCGCCGAGGACGGCGACCUGCAGCUCGCCGACGGAAGGCGGCUGGUGCGCCGCGCCGCGAGGGCGGGUGGCGGCGAGGGCGGCGGCGAGGGCGGCGGCGAGGGCGGCGGCGAGGGGGAGCAGGAGCUCGUGGUGUCGCCCGCCUUCCGUAUGGUGGUGCUGGCAAACCCGCCGGGCUGGCCCUUCCAGGGGAACGAUUUUUACCGCGAGUGCGGCGACGCCUUCAGCUCGCUGGUGGUGCCGAACCCGGACGCGGCGUCGCAGGCGCAGCUGCUCCGGCGGGUGGCGCCCGGGCUGCCGCGCGAGCAGCUCGCGACCCUGCUUUCCCUCUUCGCGCGGCUACGGCUACUGCACGAGCAGGGCGCGCUCUCGUACCCGUACUCGGUGCGCGAGCUCGUCCUCGUGGCGCGCCACCUCGACGCGUGCCCGCAGGACGGGCUGCACGGCGCGCUCGCCGGGGUGUUUGACGCCGACGCGGACGACCGCUCCGCGGCGUCGCUGCUCGCCGGCGUGCUCGCGGAGCAUGGUCUGCAGAGCCUCGCGCUCGAGCUGCGGCGGAGCAAGAAGAAGGCGCCGCCGAUGGAGCUGCGCCUCGAGGGCGAGUCGGACGAGUUUGGCGGCCGCGCGGAGAAGCCGCCGCCGCCGAUGCCCGAGGGCGGGCCAAAGCACGGCGAGUGGGACGGCAAGCCGCACGUGGGCGGGAACAAGUACGCGGGCGGGACGGGCAGGACGGGCACCGCGGGGUUGGGCGGCCGCGCCGGGCCGUACCGCCUCGACGUUGGGCAGCAGGUGCACCUGCUGAGCGAGGAGGAGAAGGCGGCGGGGAUCAGCGACGAGGCGGCCGAGGCGGCGAAGCGCAUGGCGGACGAGGCGUACGCGGAGCGGCUCAGGGAGAUUGGGAUGGCGCCGCACGACGCCGAGCUGUACGACGCGUACCGUGCCGGCGUCGAGCCUCAGGUGGCGAGGAUGCGGCGCGCGCUGCACGAGCACCGCGAGCGGUCCAAGGAGCGGAUCUGGCUCAAGGGCCGCCCGCACGGCGAGCUCGACGAGGCGAGGAUGGUGGACGGGCUUGCCGGCUCGGCCGCCAUCUACAAGCACCGCGGCCCGAGGCCGGCGGGGAGCGCGGGCGGCGCGGGCAAGCGGGUGGCGCUGCGGUUCGUGCUCGACCUGAGCGGCUCGAUGUACACCUUUGAGCGGCUCGACGGGCGGAAGACGCGCCUGCUCGAGACGGCGCUCUUCGCGAUGCUCGCGCUCGAGGGCCUCGAGGCGACGUACGAGUGGUCGAUGGUCGGCCACUCGGGCACUGGACCCGAGGCGGAGCAGCUGGUCCGGUGGGGCGAGUACCCGCAGGGCGAGGCGGCGCGGCUCGCGCUGCUCAAGAAGAUGGAGGCGCACACGCAGUACUGCCACAGUGGCGACCAGACCUUCGAGGCGACGCGGCGGGCGGUGGCGGCGACCGCCGGGCGCGACGCUGACGAACGGUUCGUCUUUGUAAUCUCGGACGCCGACCUCGCCCGCUACCGGCUCGACCCGCGCGAGUGGAGUGCGGCGCUCACCGCGGAGGAGGCGGUUGGCGCGUACGCAAUCCUGAUCGCCUCCAACGAGAUGGAGGCCGAGCAGAUCCACGCGCAGCUCGCGCCGGGACGAGGCCACGUCUGCACCGACACCGGGCAGCUGGCAGCCACCUUUGAGAAAAUAUUCUCGGCCUCGCUCUGAUUAGUGAUUUUUUGUAUGCAAUUGUUCGAUGUGAUUUGAUU